AUGAAAUGGUGGGACGAUCUGUGGCUUAACGAAGGUUUUGCCUCCAUGAUUGGUCUCAAAGCGACCGACAUAAUCAGCAAUUCACCGCUAAGUCGAGACGAGUUAUCCGUGGAUAUUGCUCGAGCGAUGCGCAAUGACCAGAUGCCUAACAGCGUGCCGGUCUCCAGACGAGAUGAAGGAUUCGAUCCAGAAACUGCGUUCACGUCAAACACGUACAAAAAGGCUAUGCUCAUUAUCCUGAUGGUUGAGCGCAUUGUCGGCGAAGAGACUUUCCGGGAUGGGCUGCGACUGUUUCUCAAUAAGUUUAUGUAUAAAAAUGUCGAUCACACGGAUUUACUCGCUGUGCUUGCAAGGUAA